AUGGUGAAGAAGAGUAAGCUGCUCGCUGCUCUAGACGCCCACCAGGGUCGAGAUUAUGCAGCGGAGAAGAGGAAAACUCAGGUGAAAGCUGCUGAGAAGAGGAAGCGGCAGAAACUUGACAAGGGGGCGCAAGUUGGAGAUGAAGCCAUAAAGUCCGCCACUAAACCCAGUGCUCCCGUCGAGAACGGCAAGAAGCCUGCCGAAGACGAGGAAUUCGCGGAUCUCUCAGACGACGGCUCCGAAGACAACAGCGAUGACCACGAAGAGGAUCCCGAGGCUACCAGCACGAUCCCUCAACCUGACCAACCCAUAGACGCAUCGGCCUCCGAGGCCGAGAACGACUCCGAUGUCGCCCUGUCGGACCUCGACAACGAGGACCUAGAAGACACCAUCCCCCACCAACGCCUCACAAUCAACAACGGACCCGCCCUGAUUGCCUCAAGAAAGCGUAUCGCCCUCCUCGCUAAGCACCGCAGAGACGGCACAAAGACCGACUCAACUCCUUUCCACAUCCACAACUCCCUGAUCUCCACCCUCCCAUCCGCAAAUUUCGCCAUCCCAGACCCCAACGAUGACCUCACACGCGAGCUGGAAUUCUACCGCAUCGCGCGCGACGCUGCUGUGACGGGUCGCGGUCUGUUGAAGAAGGAAAAGGUCCCGUUCACGCGGCCGACGGAUUACUUCGCCGAGAUGGUCAAGACCGAUGAACAUAUGGGCAGGAUCAAGAAGAAGCUGUACGACGAUGCGGCGGGCAAGAAGGCAUCGCAGGAAGCUCGCAAGUUGCGGGAUGCGAAGAAAUUCGGCAAGGCCGUGCAGGUCGCCAAGGAGCAGGAGCGCGCCAAGGAGAAGAGGAACACUCUGGACAAGAUCAAGGAGUUGAAGAGAAAACGCAAGGGCCAAGACAACGGUCAAGUGAACGAGGCCGACAACCGCGGCGACAGUGAUAUCUUCCAAAGCAUCGCCGUCGAAGCCGGGCCGGACAAGGACCGUUCAGGCCGAGAACGUGGAAGCGGUGAUCGCUCCGCAGGCGGUGCCCAGAAGCGGCAGAAGCGGGACCAGAAAUUCGGGUUUGGUGGUAAGAAGCGGUUUUCUAAGAGUGGUGAUGCUGUCAGUAGUGGUGACAUGAGAGGGUUCUCAGCGUCGAAAAUGAAGGGAAAGUCAAAGCCGAUGAGGUUGGGCAAGAGUCGGCGCGCGGGAGGUGCGACUCGGUGA